AUGAUUGAUUGGAAUUUAUUCUUUGCAACCAGUGUUUCCACCUUUAAAAUUCCAAAAAGAGUCACGAUAUUUAAUGGAUUGGCUUUUAAUGGUGAUACAAAGAUGAAUUCGAUUUCUAUUGAUAAUGCUAAUCCUAAUUUAUAUACUGAUGGCCGUGGAGUAUAUAGUGCUAACAAAACUAUUUUGUAUUAUGUUUGCAGUGCUCCAACAACUCCUUAUCGUGUUUCUUCAUCAGUUGAAAUUAUUUAUGAUGGUGCAUUUGUAAGUUACCAAGCUCCUACUGUUGAACUUUCUGAAGGAAUAACAGCAAUGUACUCCUAUGCUUUCUUCCGCUCACAAAUAACUUCUUUUGUGAUGCCAAAUUCUGUUAAAUCCAGUGGAACUCAAUGUUUCAACAUUUGCCCAAAUUUACAGACAUGUGUUUUAUCGAAGAAUUUAACAAGUUUAAGUUAUUCAAUGUUUCAAAAUUCUGGUUUGACAACAUUAACUAUUCCUCCAAGUGUUACUGUUGUGAAUUCUGGAGCGUUAGCAAAUUGUCCUAGCUUAACAAAUGUUUAUUUUCCGUAUCCAAUGCCUGAUUUGAAGAGUGGUUUUGUAAAUUUUUCUCCAAAUUUUGUUCCAAAACUGUCAAAUGGUGCGAAGUUUAAUAUCAACAAUGAUAAAGUUAUGUUCAAUGAUGAUAACACAACUGUUAUUGGAUAUUUUGGAUCUAAUGAAACAAUUAUUCAUUUGCCAUCUGCAUUAAAAACUAUUGGUGAGAAAUCAUUUAUGAGUAGAGAGCACAUCAAAGAAGUUGUUGUUGAAGGUAUUUGCAACAUCGAAAAAAUAGAUAAUUAUGCAUUUCAAGGAUGUUUCAGCCUGACCAAAUUCCCAAGUUUUGCAACCAUUAAAUAUAUAGGAACAUUUGCGUUUGAUAAUUGUCAACUUUCUUCGGCAAUUUCUUUUUCAAAAGAUCUUCAAUGGAUUGGCGAAUCUGCAUUUAUAAAGAAUACAAAAAUCCCACAAAUUGAAUUCUAUUCAACAGGAUAUUUAGUCAUUUCAUCGCAUGCUUUUGAAAGCUGCAUUCUCUUAUCAUCUGUUUCAUUUCCUUCUUCAGGAAAUAUUUAUCUUAAAGACUAUGCAUUCUAUUUAUGCGAAAAUCUUAGAUCAUUAACCAUUACAAAGAGUAUAAUAUCUAUUGGACAAUCAUGUUUCCAGAGUUGUGGCAUCCAAUCAGUUAUUUUUGAAGGUGAUACGAUUUGCAAUGGAAUAAUUCCAGCUCUCUGUUUCAAGAAUUGCAGCAGUUUAGCAUCAGUAUCCAUUCCAUCAAAUUGCACAAUUCUUGAUGUCGAAUGUUUUGCAAUGACAGGAAUCACAGAUAUAAUUAUUGCUGAUAAUGUUGAAGUUUUAUCUCGCCAAUGUUUUAAAGAUUGCUUAAGUUUAGAGAGUAUUACCAUUCAGUCCAGUUCUAGAUUAACUUCUAUUCAGCCAUUUGCCUUCCAAGGUUGUGGUAAUCUUGCAAGUGUGAAUUCUUUUGUUGCUUCAAAUUUUUGUAGCGAUAAUGGAGCAAUAUAUAAUAAUGAUAGAUCGAAGAUCAUCAUUUAUCCGCCGGCUGCGAAGAACAAAUACUUUGGAUGCAGAAAUCUUGAAGCCGUUUUAAUUCCAGAUAAAAGUGUUGUGAAUAUAGGGCAAAGUGCUUUUGAAGGAUGUACAUCUCUAAAGCAAAUCAACAUUCCUUUGAGCAUCAAAAAUAUCGAGGCGAAUGCAUUCCUUGGUUGUGGUAAUAUAAAAUGUGGUGUUUCUCAUGACAACAAUACUAAGGAAUAUAUAGAUAUGCUAAUUAAUGCAGGGUUAACGAAAAAAUCCUUAAAAGAAUGUAUGAUGAUAACAUGCUUGGUGCAUGGUAGUUCACCAAUGUUCUCUUAUAACGUUCUAUUUCCUUUUAUUCUCAUUUAA